CAGAGUCGACUGCACAAUGAAGGCUUACGCAUUAUUGGUACUAGGCUUGGCCGCCGUGGCCACGGCUACACCCGUCCUAGAUGACACUACGCUUGGCAAAAUGGACUUAAAAGAUAAACAGAUAACUAUUCUGAAGCUGCUGAACCAUGUCGUGGAGCCGUGCAUUUACAAAGAUAUCGUAGACAUUGGCAAGGAAUUCGACAUUGAGAAGAACGUUGACUUGUACACCAGAGUUGAUGUUUUCAAACUAUUUGUCAAGAACCUAAAAGUCGGUUUCCUGCCGCGUGGUGAGAUCUUCACUCUUAAUGUCGACCGCCAACUGAAGGAAGUCGUUACCAUGUUCCACAUGUUGUACUACGCUAAGGACUUUGUCACCUUCAUCAAGACUGCAUGCUGGAUGCGCCUCUAUCUCAACGAGGGUAUGUUCGUCUACGCUUUGACCGUCGCCGUCAGACAUCGUAUGGACUGCAAGGGAAUCAUCCUUCCUCCCCCUUACGAAAUCUACCCUUACUACUUCGUGCGCGCUGAUGUCAUUCAGAAGGCUUACUUACUAAAGAUGAAGCGAGGAAUCCUUGACACUAAACUGUGUGACUUCUACGGAAUCAGAAAGACCGAUAAGGAUGUCUACAUUAUUGAUGAGAACGUGUACGACCGCCGUGUGUGGCUAAAUGAGGACGACAAGGUUCGCUACUUUACUGAAGAUAUCGAUCUCAACACCUACUACUACUACUUCCACGUCGACUAUCCGUUCUGGAUGAAGGAUGAAAUAUUUGACAAGCUUAGGUGCAGGCGUUUCGAACUAACCAUGUAUGUGUACCAACAAAUCUUAGCCAGGUACUACUUGGAGCGUCUCUCAGUAGGACUUGGUCACAUCAAAACUCUCACUUACGACAAACCCGUUAAGAAGGGCUACUGGCCUUGGAUGAAACUACACAACGGUGUUGAGCUUGCCAAGAGAACAAACAACUUUGUGCUCUUACGUGAUGACAAUAUUGACCUUCUUCGUCUUGUCCGGGACUACGAAACGAUCAUCAAGGAAGCUAUAAUCAAAGGAUACGUUGAGAUCAACGGUAAGAGAUUUGAACUAACUAAGACUGAUGACAUCGAGACUCUUGGAAAACUUAUCUACGGGAAGAUUGACCGGGUUAUUGACGUAGACAAGACUCGCAUCGAUGCCUACCGCUACCUGCUCAUCAUCUGCAAAUCAAUUCUUGGUCUUGAUACCAUACAUGGAGACAAAUACUUCGUUGUUCCCACCGUUCUUGACCAGUACCAGACUGCCCUUCGUGAUCCAGUUUUCUACAAACUCCAAAAGCGUCUCGUUGACUUCGUUGUUUUGUUCAAGAGGCGUCUACCAUGCUACACCAAAGAAGAUCUGUACUUCCCAGGAGUCAAGAUCGACAAUGUCGUUGUCGACAAACUUGUAACUUACUUCGACGACUACCUAAUGGACAUGACAAACGCUGUCAUCUUGACCGAUGAUGAAUUUAAGAAGACCACAAGUGAUAUGAAAUUCCUGGUCCGCAAACGUCGUCUUAAUCACCAACCGUUUACAGUCCAUCUUGAUCUGGUAUCGGACAAGACUGCCGACUGUGUUGUUCGUAUGUUCCUAGGACCAAAACAAGACAAUUUCGGACGUGUAAUUGACAUUAACAAGAACCGCCUCAACUUCGUCGAAAUCGAUACCUUCCUUCACAAGCUGGUCAAUGGGAAAAACACGAUUCAGAGGAAAUCCGUUGACAUGCACAAUUUGGUGCACGACCGUAUUUUCACCCGUGACUUAUGGAAAAAGGUUGACACCAUUACUGACAUGAAGGAUAUGCUCAUCAAGGAUCUUAGGAACUAUCACACAGGAUUCCCCAGCAGAUUGCUUCUGCCUAAGGGUCACGUCGGUGGUAUGAAGAUGUUGCUGUACGUGAUCGUGACUCCUUUGAGGCUCGUUGAUGGAGUUGAUCUAAAUAUUCUGGAUGUGAACCGCAAGGAUAUGUUCGUUGACUUCAGAUCAACUGUUCUGCUCGACAAGAUGCCUCUUGGUUUCCCUCUUGACCGUCACAUUGACGUUGCUAACUUCUUUGUUCCCAACAUGAAGUUUGUUGAUGUCAUAAUCUUCCACAAGAAGAUGGUGUGCGACAUGAAGACUCGCUGGGACCGCUGGGUGCUGAAGAACUACCGCAUGGUUGACGUGACUCGCAUCUAUGACGACACUUACUUCGUAGAUGUCGACGUUGACACCACAGUUAAUGUUCACAACGACUACACUCACCACAAGACCAUCGACUUCUAAACUGCUAGAUCAUAUUCAUCAAUAUUAAUUCCAACCAAUCUCUAAAUUAGAUAUAAUAUAUAUUAAACAUACUUAAUAAAUUAAAUAUUUUAUAAA